UCAAGCUAUUGGGUUCAUACCCCACUUAUAAAGGUUUUAAUCCUUUUCUUUUUAAUUUUAAAUAAUUCUUCAAAAAUUUUAUUUUUAAUAGUAAUAAUCACAGGAACAAUAAUUACAGUAACUUCUAAUUCUUGGUUAGGAGCUUGAAUAGGUUUAGAAAUUAAUUUAUUAUCUUUUAUCCCCCUAAUAAGAGAUAGAAAUAAUUUAAAAUCUACAGAGUCUUCUUUAAAAUAUUUUUUAACCCAAGCUUUAGCUUCAACUGUUUUAUUAUUUGCUGUAAUUUUAAUAAUAUUAAAAAAUAACAUAAACAAUGAAAUUAACGAAUCUUUUACAUCACUAAUUUUAUUAUCAACUCUUUUAUUAAAAAGAGGGGCAGCUCCUUUUCAUUUUUGGUUCCCGAAUUUAAUAGAAGGUUUAACUUGAAUUAAUGCUCUUCUUUUAAUAACUUGACAAAAAAUUGCUCCACUAAUAUUAAUUUCUUAUUUAAAUUUAAAUAAUUUUUUAUUAAUUAGAGUAAUUUUAUCAGUAAUAGUAGGAGCUUUAGGUGGGUUAAACCAAACUUCUUUACGAAAAUUAAUAGCUUUUUCUUCAAUUAACCAUUUAGGUUGAAUAUUAAGAGCAAUUAUAAUUAGUGAAUCAAUUUGGUUAAUUUAUUUCUUAUUUUACUCUUUUUUGUCAUUAACUUUAAGAUUAAUAUUUCAUAUUUUUAAACUAUUUCAUUUAAAUCAAUUAUUUUCAUGAUUUUUUAGUAGAAAAAUCUUAAAAUUUACCUUAUUCAUAAAUUUUUUAUCUUUAGGAGGUCUUCCUCCAUUUUUAGGAUUUUUACCAAAAUGAAUUGUAAUCCAACAAUUAACCUUUUGUAACCAAUAUUUUCAGUUAAUAAUUUUAUUAAUAUCAACUUUAAUUACUUUAUUUUUUUAUUUGCGAAUUUGUUAUUCCGCUUUUAUGCUAAAUUACUUCGAAAUUAAUUGAAUAAUAACCUUUCAAUUUAAUAAAUUUAAUAUAAAUUUAUACCUAACUUUAAGAUUUUUUUCAAUUUUCGGGUUAUUUUUAAUUUCUAUAUUUUACGCUAUAUUGUAAGGCUUUAAGUUAAUAAAACUAAUAGCCUUCAAAGCUAUAAAUAUAGGAAUUCCUUUAAGCCUUAGUAAAUUUUUACUCCUUCAAAUUUGCAAUUUGAUGUCAUUAUUGACUACAAGACCAUUGUGUGUAUUUACUUGAUUAAGAAGAAUAAUUCUUAUAAAUAGAUUUACAAUCUACUGCCUAAACUUCAGCCACUUAAUCAAUCGCGACAAUGGUUAUUUUCUACAAAUCAUAAAGAUAUUGGAACUUUAUACUUUAUUUUUGGUGCUUGAGCCGGAAUAGUAGGGACUUCUUUAAGAAUUUUAAUUCGAGCCGAAUUAGGACACCCAGGAGCUUUAAUUGGUGAUGACCAAAUUUAUAAUGUAAUUGUUACUGCUCAUGCUUUCGUUAUAAUUUUUUUUAUAGUUAUACCAAUUAUAAUUGGGGGAUUCGGAAACUGACUUGUUCCUUUAAUAUUAGGAGCUCCUGAUAUAGCUUUCCCCCGAAUAAA